CUCUCCGGGGUCCGCCAGCACAUCCUCUGACCCCGGCGGCCUCGCUUUGCGCAUCCUCAGAUUCCCUUGGAUGAUGGCCUGCAUCUGACAGUCCCUCCACUCUUACCGGCUUGGCACCCCGGUCCUCAGCAUUUCCCUGGAAUGGCAGUCUGCCACACCCUGUCCAGCUGCAUCUUGGCCCGCUGUGCUGUGCCUGCCUCUUCUGUCCACACCAGGCCUUACGUGGGCCUUUCCUUCCUCUACUCCUGGCAUGCUUCAUGGCAGGAACCGUUGGCAGAGCCCUGGUAAUGCUGUGAAGGUGACAGCCAGUUUCACCAAUGCACACCCUUGGCAGCAGCAGAUGGAUGGUACCUCAUGGCAUGACCCCUUUGUGGAUUCCUGGAUUGAGAAAUCCUGCUAUGGAACCCUGUGUGUGUACACCACCAUGGAUUGGAAUAGCACAGCUAAGGAUUCUUCUGGCACUAAGCCUACAGAGGGGCUCUCCAGCUGGAUGCAUACCAGACCCCUGCCACUCAGGAUGGACUUCUGCUGGAUUCCUGGCUAACCUGGUACCGUUGAUAGCUUUCCAUGGCUGCUAGACUACUUUUUAACCCAGCUGGGAGAUUAUAUCUUCCACUUUGAACACUAUCAGGACAAUCUCAACUGUGUCCGUGAGAGCCUCAGCUGACUGCCAGGCCUAGUAGCUUGGGCCUAGGUGGCUCCUUACCUCAAUAGGGACCUGCCCUUGCCUGAUGAUUAUGGACUCUCCUGCCAGGAUCUCAAAGAAGUUAUUCAAGACGCAAACAGUUUUGUUGAGUACCAUGCCACUGUGUCUUGUCCUCUGCCUUCCACAGCAAGCCAGCCACCAGUGGUUCCACAGCUGCCCACAGUAAAGCAUUACAUAGUUCGGUUCUCAGUGGCCCUAACACUCAACAUGGUGGCCUUGAGGCCUGCUUUAGCUGCUCUCUCCACCCCUGCUUGUUCAGGCCUAACUAUAUCCAGAAGUUCUUGGCCUGAGCAGCAGCUGGCCAGGAAGAGCUCCUCUGGACCCCAAGAGCCCCUGAGCCAGUCCGGCUGUGCAUGUAGCCUUGAUUAUAGUGCUGCGAGGCCAGCUGCCCCCAUCCAAAGGACACAGAUCCAAACUGUCUCAGUAUCUUCAAGAUUUAUUAACUCUUAUUCUUAGAAUCUAGAGUCAGCUCAUCUGGGGAUCUGAGAACCCCAGAAAAUAGAGAAGAGCUCUAAAGCCGAAGGAGACCAGGAAGAAUCUCUGGGUACCCCAUGGUGGCUGGAUAGUGUCUCAGAGAUCCCACAAGAUCCCAACCCUGCGUUCCCUCCUCAUCCUUGCGUUCUGCACAAAGACUAGGUGUGCAGCAGUGCUCCUUGUGAGAAGCCGUGCACAGCAAGGGAGUCCCACAGCCAUGACUCCGCUGACCCGUGGCUGGAUAGCUAGACAGACAGGCAUGUGAGCUUGCCCAACUCCUAACAAGAAUGGGAGCCUGUGUUGGGCCCCUAGCUGAGGUCCCGUCCCACACCUGGAAGUUCCUAUAGGAAAGACUGUAGAUUAUCCCCCAUCAGGUGUAGCACUGGGGCCAGACGCUGCCCCCACAAAGAACCCUGUUGGUGUUUCUGCUCUCUGUGACCUCUGAUGGUAGCCUACAAUGGAAAGAAGGCUGCUUGAAGGAUGCCAUGGCUCCUUUGUAAAUCCUUUGGUUGGUUUGGUUUCUUGUGUUUGAGACAGUGUUUCACUAUGUAAC